AUGGCACCCCCAAGCAACGACAACAUCGAUCUACACAUCAUGAUUGUGCGCAAGAUUACCGCAACUAAGCUCCAAGCUGCGAGCUAUUUACUUGGAGUUGCUCUUUUCUCUAUCUCGUUCCUGGUGUUCUUGAAUGCAUCCAUCUCGUUUGUUGUCACGGACGUCAUCGGCCGCAAGCAUGGUGUCGGCGAUAUAGUUGGCACAUUAGGAUUCGCCGACGAGCUUGUCGCUUUGGUUGCUUGUCCUCUCUGGGGACUAUUGAGCGACAAGAUUGGAGUCAGGAAUGUGGCUGUGAUUGGAUAUCUGGUCAUUGGCGCCAGUCUCAUGCUACUGGUGCAGAGUCACAAUGUAUACCCACAGCUGCUGCUGGGUAGGAUGGCAUUCAGCAUUGGAGGCGCUGCAUGCUCGACCAUGGUCACCGCUAUCCUACCGACAAUGACAGCCGAGCGAAAACAUAUCACCCCUUCGGAAGCUGGCCAGACCUAUGGAGAAGGUAUCGCGACACCAACGAACCCCGGUGCCCGACACUCGGGCGCUUUCAGUAUCAGUAGCGAGGUUACCAUUACUCCUGCACGAUAUGUUCAGAGACCACCAAAUCUCAGACGACGAUCCCAGAAACGCCGCUUUGCUACAGACCCUGCCACACCGAAGAAAUCGGAUUUGAGUCAACUUGCAGGUUACGUAGGCAUGUUUACCGGAAUCGGCGCGCUUGUGGCUGUCGGUAUCUUCCUACCACUUCCUGUUAAACUUUCUGGGAAGGGUGUGGCUCAGGCGGAUGCCGUCAAAGACAGCUUCUACCUCGUCGGAAGCGUGUCUAUCGUUGUUGCCUUGCUAGUAUCUCUGACUCUCCGUGGACUUCCUGGUGAAGAGGACAAGGGUUUCCACAAGCUGUUUUACUCGGGCAAGAGUACCGACGACCAUGAUGCCAACGAAUUUGCAACUCUGAACCCUACCCCGUCAUACUACCAACUCGUCCGUUCCGCUAUCAUGCUAGGUUUCACCGACUCUCGAAUCACUCUGGGCUAUCUAGGUGGUUUUGUCGCAAGAGCUUCUUCUGUCGGCAUAUCACUGUUCAUCCCACUCUUUGUCAACGCCUACUUUAUCCGUGAAGGACUUUGCUCUGAUGACCCAAGCGAAGACAUCAAGUCCAGCUGCAAACGCGCAUACACGCUCGCAUCCAUGCUGACCGGCUUCUCGCAAUUGACUGCACUACUAGCUGCACCUCUGUUUGGAUGGUUCAAUGGCUACAUGAGCAACAAAGGAGAACAGCUAUCCUACUUUCCUCUAGGCAUUGGCGCCAUUGCCGGUAUCAUUGGAAGUAUCUCGUUUGGUCUACUCGACAACCCCGAUCCUUUCCACGGAAGCGCUGACGGCAAAGGUGCAAUUUUGGCUGUCAUCCUCCUUGGCUUUAGUCAGAUCUCGGCUAUCGUGUGCUCGCUUGGUAUCCUCGCGAAAGGCAUCCAAGCUUCUACGCCAACAGUAUCGGAAGCUCCAAACACAGAACCAGAUACCUUGCCUGAAGCCCAAGAGCCCUCCACCGAGCCUACCUCUGCAGAAGAACAACCAACAGAGACUGCACCCUUGUUACCCACCGUCAACGAAACUUCUGCACCACAAACGUCAACCGACCUCGACAGAGCACAGCUCAAAGGCACAAUCGCAGGCGUAUACUCUCUAGCCGGCGGCCUAGGCAUCCUCCUACUCACAAAACUCGGUGGUGUGCUCUUCGACAAGACAAGCACAGGCGCGCCAUUCUAUAUGCUCGCAGGCUUCAACGCCAUUCUACUUUUCGCAGUCCUUGUCGUGUUUGUCGUGCAGAGAGUGCGCAAAGUCACGGUAUCUGAUGUUUAG